AUGGCCAGCGUUGAGCAAUUAGUCGCUCAGAAGACAUUACCGGCACGGCCGCUAGUCAAUCCAGUCACGCCAGCUGAAAUCAACAUACCUCCUGCGGAGGACCCACUACUUCAAUUCCUGACAUCCUGUUUUAUGAAGGACGGCAAGCGCCAAAAAGCAGCCCGUGUCACCUCCCAAGUCCUCCUCUACAUCCACACUCUCACUCGGUCCGCUCCCUUGCCUCUCCUCCGCACUGCGAUAGAGGCUGUUGCACCUGCUGUACGAUGUAUCACUAACAAGCACGCCGGGAAGACGGUCGUCUACCCUGUCCCUUUGAGCGAGAAGCAGCGAGCGCACACCGCGAUCAAGUGGAUAGUGCAAGCGAGCGAUAGCAGAAAGGGUCGGAAAAUGGAGAUCAGGGUGGCGAAGGAAAUAAUCGCGAUUAUCCAGGGCAUGGACCAGGCAGAAAAGGCGCAAUUUAGCACAGCAUACAAGAGGAAGGAGGAGGUGCAUCGGUAUGCGAUGGCGAACAGAGGAAAUGCUGGGCGGAAUGCAUGA